AUGUCGACGCCGACAACUGCGACGGCAACGUUGCCGCACUACAGCCCGCACCAUUUCCGAUACCCCCAUCAUCAACAUCCGCACCAGUCGUAUGCCCAAGCGAACUCCUCAUCAUUUCGCCCGCCAGCCCCAAUCCUCCCCCCCGCCAGCCGACUCGCGUACCCAUCUCCGGGCUACUCGUCUGCCGCAAGUCACUCGUCGGGGAAUGGAGUAGCCACCGUGCCGUCGGGCCACGCGAGAGUCGCUCCGCACGAACCAGCGGAUGGGACAUCUCGACUCGAUCACCUCUACACAAACAUGCCCGCAGCUCCGCAGGCUCAGCCCUUGGCCGAGUCGCAACCUCCCCGUAAGAAACGCCGGUCGAGGGAACCGGACUGGAAGACCUUCUACAAGAACGGCCUGCCCAAAGAGAUCAUCGUUAUCGAUGACACCCCUGAGCCCGAGCGUGCGAAUGCCUCGGCCACCCUCGCGAACGGUCGCUCACAUGUCGUUACGAAUGGCGGUGCGCCCGGAUCCUCGGCCAAAAAAAGGAAACGGGACGACGAGCCCACGCCGUACGAUCCUGUUCACCACAGCGCCGCUCUCGGCUCUCACACCCCGAGCAAGUCCACUGCCGCGAGCGACCGGACAAACUCUGCGAUUCACACGACGGCGGCCACAUCACUCGGGUCGCUCUCAUCAAAUGGCCAGUACGAGUACGAUACACAGCCCGGCCAUAAACGGAAGAGAACAACCCGCCAGCAGAUUGCAAACGAAGCGAGGCGUCGCGAGGCUGCGAUAUAUACCGAUGCCCUCGCCCACUACCGGCCGCCCCCCUAUCCCCCCAAGAAGGCGCGCGAUGUGCACAUCAAAGUUGUGGCCGACCCGCCGCACAGCAAGAACAUCCGUGUCGAUGACGACGACGGUCAUUACAUCGUCGUCCCCGACAACGACCUCACCGAAAGAUAUCAAAUGGUCAAGCUUCUCGGCCAAGGCACGUUCGGCAAGGUCGUGCAGGCAAGGGACAAGGUGUCCGAGAAACUCGUCGCCAUCAAGAUCAUCCGUUCUGUGCAAAAGUACCGCGAAGCGAGUAAGAUUGAACUUCGCGUCUUGGAGACUCUCAGAGCCAAUGACGAGGAGAACCGGAACCGCUGCAUUCACUUCCGAGACUGCUUCGACUACCGCGGGCAUAUUUGCAUCGUCAUGGAUCUCCUCGGCCAGAGCGUGUUCGACUUUCUCAAGAGCAACAGUUUCGUGCCUUUCCCGAACAGCCAAAUCCAGAACUUCGCCCGCCAGCUUCUGACCAGCGUUGCCUUUCUCCAUGACCUCAACCUGAUCCACACAGAUCUGAAGCCGGAGAACAUCCUGCUGUGCCACAACGAGUACCAGACGUUUACGUACAAUAGGAAAAUACCGUCGGCUAGUACCAACAACAGCAACCGCCAGGCUAGCCAAAGGAAAGUGCUGCUGGACACGGAGAUUCGGCUGAUCGAUUUCGGCUCGGCGACCUUCCAGGACGAAUAUCACUCGUCAGUGGUGUCGACCCGCCACUACCGAGCGCCCGAAAUCAUUCUCGGUCUUGGGUGGUCGUAUCCUUGCGACAUUUGGAGUAUCGGGUGUAUACUGGUCGAGUUCUUCACCGGCGAUGCCCUCUUCCAGACGCACGAUAAUCUCGAGCAUCUGGCUAUGAUGGAAGCAGUCGUCGACGCCAGGGUCGAUUCGUCUCUCGUCCAGCAGGUGAACAGGAUGACGAGGAACGGCGGGAACCCCGCCUCCAAAUACUUCAAGCGUCUCAAGCUCGACUACCCUAUGCCUGAUACGACGCGAGCAUCACGAAGAUUUGUCAAGGCUAUGAAAAAGCUCCCGGAAAUCAUUCCCUCAAACACCAAAUUCCUGCAACAGUUCCUAGAUCUCCUCCAGAAGAUCUUUGUCUACGACCCCGCGCAACGCAUCACCGCGAAGCAGGCUUUGCAACAUCCCUGGUUCCGCGAAGUUGCGCAUCCUGACGACGGGACCGAAGCGGCGCGCAUCCGCGCCGACAAAUUGAGGAUGCGCGAACGAGAGCUGUCCGGGGCCAGCCAUGGCCCCGUAGAGGAGCGAUCGGUGAGGAGGUGA